UCUCGUCUUCAAUCCGCUGUGUGCUCUCUUCGUCUCCUGCUGUGAUCACAGACUAUCAGCCAUGACCAUGUCUCUGUCUUUAUCCUCCUCGCGGCUGUCAGGCCUGGGCUUUGGGGGAGCCGGGGGUGGCCGACUGGGCUUAGGGCUUGGCGGAGGUGCUGGCUUGGGUAUGGGGCUGGGUCUCGGAGGAGGCCUGGGUGGGGGAGCUGGGUCUGGGUUGGCUGGCACUAGUAAGAAAAAGUGUAUUGAAAUUCAAGAAUGCACCUGCUUGUGCAUGCUCAUCUGUGUUUUGCACAGGUAUGAUUUUGAACAGGGUGUGAAGUUCCAACUUGAGUCUGACAUCGCUUCAAUGAAAAAGGACAUUGAAAUGGCGUCAGAAAUCCGAAUUGAUUUGGAUGCCAAAUACAGUAGUCUGAAAAGUGAACAGGAAUUCAUCUCUAAGACCCAAGAGGAGGAGCUGUCUUCUCUGCAGACCAAACUCGGCACAACUGCCAUGGACACUUCUGUGUCUAUGAUCGAGGUGGACACGGUCAAGUCCUUCGACAUCGCAACUGCCCUCAACAGCAUGAGGAUGGAGUACGAGAAGUCCGUACAGCAGCACAGAGAGGAGGCCGACGCCUAUUACAAACUCAAGAUGGAAGAGAUCCAGACACAAACAGCCAAGAGUUCAGAAGCCAUCUCCUCAGCUAAGGUGGAGAUAACAUCGGCCAGAAAAGAGCUGCAGGCUCUGAGUCUUGAGCUGCAGAGCCUGGUUUCUGUGAACAUGUCUCUGGAGCAAAGCAUAGCAGAGGCCCAAGCCCAGGUCAGUGUGGGUGUCUCUGAGUCCCAGGCUCAGAUCGCUAGCCUCACCGCUGCCAUCGAAUCAGCAAAGGCAGACCUCCACAAGCAGAUCCUGGCCUACCAGGAACUGCUGGAUGUCAAGCUAGCCUUGGAUGUUGAGAUAUCAACAUACCGCAACUUGCUGGACGGAGACGACUUCAAGUUACCGGAGUUCACUGAAGCAUCCUAUACUUUCACAGCUGAAAGUGGCGGCACCAUAGAGGUGAAACAGAUCAUCACAGAACACGUGGAGACAUCGGUCAUCUCUGAUGCUGACGGAUCAGAAUCCUCUUGAUCCUCCCAGUGAUGAGCACACACAUACCAUGAGUGUGUGAUGGCUGUUAAGUGAUGUCUGUGCUCAUCCCACUCUGCACUCUUGUCCAAUAAACACUCCAUCCUGAUGCCC